AUGCUUCAAAAUUCUUUCGACGGCCAACAACGCAAGCAGAUAACUAGAAAUUGUCCUUCUAUCACGCAGAUAACUAAAACUUGUCCUUCUUUCGACGGCCAACAACGCACGCAGAUAACUAGAACUUGUCUUUCUUUCGACGGCCAUCAACACACGCAGAUAAGGAGAACUUAUCCUUCUUUUCCCGGCCAACAACGCACGCAGAUAACUAAAACUUGUCCUUCUUUCGACGGCCAACAGCGCACGCAGAUAACUAGAACUUGUCCUUCUUUCGACGGCCAACAGUGCACGCAGAUAACUAGAACUUGUCCUUCUUUCGACGGCCAACAACGCACGCAGAUAACUAAAACUUGUCCUUCUUUCGACGGCCAACAACGCACGCAGAUAACUAGAACUUGUCCUUCUUUCGACGGCCAACAACGCACGCAGAUAACUAAAACUUGUCCUUCUUUCGACGGCCAACAACACACGCAGAUAACUUCAAUUUGUCCUUCUUUCGACGGCCAACAGCGCACGCAGAUAAAGAGAACUUGUCCUUCUUUCUACGGCCACCAACGCACGCAGAUAACGAGAACUUGUACUUCUUUCGACGGCCAACAGCAAACGCAGAUAAGGAGAACUUGUCCCUAG